AUGCGCAAUCCUCCUUCGUCCAACACGCUAGAAUCUUCCUACCAGAGGUGUCUCGACGCUAUCCAGAAGGAUUCCUCGACACCAGAUAGCGUCAAGCAAGAACUAAAGGAGUUGUUAAAGGAGAACGACAAUGGCACUUCGUCACCAGCAGUCUCGUCGAACACAUAUCACUUACACCAAGGAGAUAAUUCGUUCGCAUUCGUCAACUCUACUAAUUACGGGGCUAAUAUGGUUGGGAAGGAAGGUCCCGGUGACACCACCACCACCACCACCAUCACAGAACCACGCUCCGAAGGGUCUGUCCUUGGCAAACGAGAGCUGAUGAUCUCAUACAAAAAAGCAGCAAGUUCUGAAAACCAAUCCGACCAGGAUACGCAUCCUUUACCCGCACAACGUGCCCGAAUAGUGGAGAUGAUGUACAACGCGCUGGCUUCGAACGAGCUACAAAAGACUCCAGAGCCAAUUACGCCCAAAGAUUUUAGAAAAGCCGUGUACGAAGCUGGCGUCAAAGUGCUGAAUAAGCAGCUGUCUCUCCAGGAUGCCAGCAACCUGCGCAAGCUCCUGAACAAUUUCACCGCAUCUGAUUCGCUUGGAGAGCAGCUGGACGUCAUGUCGGCCAACCUUGCCCUAAAGAUAAACUUGUCUGAAAUUCACCAAGUCAACGCAUUGAAGCUUUCCUUGUCACGGAUCGUCGAUACCGUCAAUAGCUAAACUGAAAAGAUAUUUCGCAAGCAUAUUACCAAUAGCAGCUUCUGGGAGCGAGUUGCAAAAGUACAAGAAAUUAACCUUGGCCAUGGCAUGGCCCCAGCGGUCAGGGCACUUUAUGGUGAAAUGAUUGCCUUGGGCACGGAUAUCCCACCUGACAUGAAGCAGAUGUACCAAAACGCUGUAGAAUGUCAGUCGUUAUCAGCUAAAGAG